AUGACAGAAAAACGAAGUCGUGCAACCAAGUUGCCCAGAUUCGGACUUCCAAAUGUCACUACCGACCGGGAGGGUUUCGAAUGGAUGGAUGGAGUCUCAUCGAUGGACUUUGAUUAUUUCCAACCAUUCCAAUACACGAUAGAAGAAAACAAACUUUCUUCUAUAAAUCUACCUCCAUUCUAUCGCCUGCUCAGUGAUGCUCAGGUGACAGCUUUAUCAAAAUGGGCGGCCAAAGGCAACAUGGCAAAGGAAGCGCUAGGAUUGUACUGGCCAGCAGAUUUCAAUUCGGACGGCAAAAUUAAAAGAAACCGUAUCUCGUGGAAUGUCGGCAAUCAAGUGCGUCCGGCACAGCCUCACCACAUUACACACCAAAGCUGUGGGAGGCCAAUGAAGUCCAUGCUCAUCUUGUCUGUAAAUGACAGAGUUGACGAACCCAAGGAUGCAGAGGCGAAAAAGAGCUCCGACACAGACAAGAGGGCAUGCAAAAUAGUCUUGCUACAUGAUACGAAAGAUAGUGAACGCGUGGUUGAGCUUGAAUAUGAAGUAGAUGCGUUAAAGGCAAGCCUAAAACGGUCGCAGUCGCAGCUGGAGGGACUGCGGGGCCAAAUGUCACAAGUCGAAACAGCUAUGACUGUGAGGACCGAGUUGGUUACAAAUGCAAUUGUCAACUAUCAUUUUUCUAGAGCAAACCUCGAAUUGCUGGCGCCGUCAAUCUCAUCUCUGGUGGAUGAAUCAGUCUCUGCUGAUGACCUUUCUGAGCUCGCCGGUGGUGCUGCCACACUUGACCAUCGCGUGAAGGUUAUCCAAGAGGUAGCUCGGCGGCUGCAGAUUCCAGUCACUAUUCCCCCAGAGAUCGUUGGCGAACAAGAUGAAAUGGGGCUGGCAGUCGAUCCCAACUUGGCCUAG